GUGCCCCUGCGCUUCUGGUCCGGCACGUCGCCUGGACCUCCGUGGGCCCCCAUGCCAACCACUAAGAGGCAGUUCUGGAUCCCGAGGGUCCGCCACGUCUCAGGCCCUUGCUGGGAGUCGGCACUCGGCGACAUCAAAGACCACGUGCAAGCUCUGCAGGAGAAGAGCGCAGCGCAUGGGUGGUCCCUUUGCUACUGGUCUCAUGAGGCCAUGGACGCGGAGAUGGAUGCCUGCGCGGAUGCCGCCCUGCGCGAGGCCUACUUCUCCAUUGAUCCCGCUUACAUGGUGGUGCGGUCAGACCUCUUUCGCCUCUGGGUACUGUGCAAAUUUGGGGGCAUGUGGCUUGACCUGCGAGGGGCGCCAGCAGACGAUGCCGAUGGGAUUGGCUUAGAAGCAGUGCCUCGUCAUUUCGGUGGCACGCCCCCUCCGCUGCUCUUCUGCUACGGCGGUCAGCACAAGGAGAAGUUCGGCGGCCUGCACGGGGAGAUCAUCAACGGCUUCAUGAUGGGCUGCCCCGGGCUCCAGGUCUGGCAAGACGCGUGGAGGCGCGCGGUGGGCAUGAUCUGUUCGUAUCCUGACCGUUGGCGCCGCUGUGCGCGGCCUGGGCAACAUGCGAUUGACGACACUCUUGACUAUUUCGACAUCCCCGUGGCCAUGACUGGAAGAGAGGGCGUCCUAUGCAUGGGCCCACUCUCUAUGACGAAGGUCGUGCGCGAGUACCUUUGCGCGCGAGGCGCGAUGGAAGAAUGUGUUCCUUCUACGUUCAGAAACUUUUGGAGCUGGUCAACUUUGACGCCAAGGGGCAAAACUUGGGCGGCGGUUCAAGGGCGGCUCCUCUACCGAGACCCAGAGAAGGCCGCCGCGCACAUGCAUUACAGCAAGCUCACCGCGCCCAUAGUCCGUCUUGGAGAGGAACCGGUCGCGCGCGCCCCCUGCCUUGCCUUGGCGCCAGUGCAGCGGCGCACAAUCCCCUUGUCGGCUGCAUCUUCCGCGCUCGAGGGGGGAAGCUGGAAGGAGCUCGAUUUCUUGGAUUGGCAGAGCUCGUGGUGGGAGAGCCUCGGGGGUCUCCCCGUCAUCAUCAGCGAUUCCACGUUCACUUUCAUGUUCGGACAGAGUAGCUUGCAGGACAAGGUCGUAACGCUCAGAGGCCAGGCGAUCGGGAGGAUCAUUGGCCGAUGUGGGAGCGACUACGUCUCGCUGGAGCACGAACUGAUUGAGAAGCUGUCGCCCGCGGACCCGGGCGCAGUGGCGGCUGUCCCAGCCGCGGAAGCGUUGCCGGCAGAUGGGCGCCAGCAAAGGUUUCGCGUCUGUGAACUCGCGCAGGCGCACUGGGCGGAGCGUUGCGUUCCUGCCAUCAUGAGCUUCGCGGAGAGCUACGCGUCCAAGAGCUGGCUUUGGGGGGACCCAUGCCCUUCGCUCUACGCGAGCAAGGGUCUGCAUCUCCGGAAGCCUGCGGCGUUGUGGAUCCUGCGGGUGUACUUGCUCGCUGCUCUCUACAACAAUCUGCGGCUCAUAUUCUGCAUCGGCUGGAACUCCAAGAACGCGUCGGACGAGUACAAAGCGCAGGCCGAUUCGCCGCUCAUCAAGGGCGGACACCGCUGA